AUGCAAUGGUGGACAUGGGUGCAUGUCGAGCAUCUUCGAACAAUUUUCAAGGUUCUCAGGGAGAAUACUUUGUUCGUGAAAAGGGAGAAGUGCUACUUUGCUCAAACAGAGAUCCUAUUCUUGGGGCAUCGAAUAGGUGAUAGCUCCAUUCGAAUGGACAAAUCAAAGGUGCAAGCUGUUGUGGAGUGGCGAACUCCAAAGAAGGUGCUAGAGCUAAGAUCCUUCCUUAGUUUCAUCAACUACUAUCGAUGCUUCAUAGGGGGGUAUUCAAAGCAUGCAACUCCACUAACAGAGUUGCUAAAGAAGGAGCAAUAUUGGAGGUGGUCUGAUAAAUGUGAAGCUACAUUCCAAGAUUUGAAGGCUAUUGUGUUGAAAGAACAGGUGCUCAAAUUAUCGGACUAUGGGGAGCCCUUCGAAGUCCAUAUAGAUGCUUUAGAUUUUGUUAUUGGGACUCUCGCCAUGAAGGCCACUUCUAAACAUCUCGAAGUAGACCCGUCUCCCUACCGAACUCCACCGAAUCUCGACUCCAUCUCCUACUGCCUCAUGGACCACGACUCCAUCUCAAUCGCUCCCCCCUCCGUCACUGCUCCCGCUGUGACUGCACCUGGAGUCACCAUCAGGUGCAGCAUUUUUCCUUAG